CCCUAGUUUGGGAACCCAUGCUAGCCUGUACUCUAGAGGAGCUGACUAGCCCCGGAUCACAUCUGACACUACUGAAAAUGGCAUUAGUGGCUACAGACUGUUUCGAAGCAAUAUCUAUAGGGCUGGAAAAUGAAAAGCAUGGUGGGAGGGGCAGGGAACAAACGACACUACAGCUGAAAAACUUAAAGAACAAAAUCGUUUCGCUGCACCUUCAAGACUAACACAAAACUGUAGAGGGUAUCAUGAGCGUUCGUGGGCUCCACCCUCCUGAUGUGGUAGGAAAGUGGUCUUAAGAUUUUUGUAUAGUGACUAUAAAGAUCAGUGCUUCAGGAGCUGGCUGUCAAACAACUUGUCUAACUGGUUGUGAAUACGUGACUCUUGAAAGUCAAAAAGGAAGGGACUCCCACAAGUACAGUGGAUGAUUUGAUGUCGGUACGGUCUAGUAAACAUACUGAUUUGUAGAGAGAGGGUUUAUGAGGCCUUGGCAUGGAGUACUGCUCUUGAAUCAAGCUUUAAAGAGCCAGGGUAAACUUUGGACCUGUAAGAACUCUUGCCUAAUGUAACUGUAGUAAAGGGGUGUAUAGUUUGCUUCAGCUAUAGGAAGUUGCCUAGUAAAUCCUAACAGCUGUUUAGAAAGUAGUUUUACUCUUGUGAGUUGGGAACGCUUUCAGUUGCCUGAGACAGAGGCUGUAUGUUUCUGGUUAACUAAGUAUUCUAAUAUUAUGUUUAAUUAGAGCCUCUCCUGGAAAGCAAAGAGCGAGUCCUGCUGGAAACCAGCGCCCUGUCCAGCCUGCAGGAGCCAGUGGAGAGUCUGGCAAGUACACCAGAAAAACAUGUCCUGUGUCAAAGUGAUGAUGGCAUUCUUGGAGAAUCUGUUUCAGGAGAGUCACUGGUCAAAGAACCUUCCACCCCGCUAAUGAAUUACUGCGAAUACUUAAGCAGUGAAGCUACUGGUUCUUCCGCCACAGAAUCAGAACUAGUCAAGGGACAAGAAAGUGGGGAUGCUUUGGCAGAAGCAUCUCCCUCAAGUAACACGCAUGAGGACAAAAGGGAAGAACAGCCAGGUCAGACGCUUGAGUAUCAGGACUUGGUUGAUCAUGAGGAAUGGGAAGUUGUUCCUGAACUCUCAUUGUCCGGGGAUGCUAGUAAAAACAGCAGUGCAGAUGACUCUGACGCCAGCGUGGGCCCAGACAACAAGGAACUGGAACAGGUAGAUUUCCUUGAGGCGGAUUCAAAAGCAAAAAGGGUCGCAGCUGUGCCCCCGAUGCCACAGAACAUCCACGUGAACUUCCGUGUCCACUACAUCACUCACGUGGAUGCCCAGCUGAUUGCGGUCACUGGCAACCAUGAGUGUCUUGGUCAGUGGCACAACUAUGUGCCACUCAAGUGUGACAAGGAUGGGUUCUGGUCUGACACUGUUAUCUUACCAGCAGAUACCACAAUAGAGUGGAAGUUUAUUUUGGUGGAGAAUGGAAAAGUCACACGUUGGGAAGAAUGUGACAACAGAACCCUAAUGACUGAACACGAAGAUAGAAUGGCCCAUCAGUUGUGGGGAUAUCAUUGAACGGCAUCUCUGUAGAAGCUCCUGACCUCGCCCCCCCAAAAAAAUGCUUAGAUGAAGCAAGGGGGGGGGCCCUUCUUUUAUUCCAGCUUCCAGCAGAACAUUCUCCGCAUUGUAGACUUAAUGUACAUCAUAUAGCAAUCCCCCCAUUAGACCGGUCUGAUCCACCGAUCUCUCCCCUGCUGGAGUAGCUAUUUCUGUAGAAAGGGAUUCUUUAUGGGAGGAGGCUUUGAGUUGACUUUAGCUGACAAUCUGAUACCAAGGUGCACAGGAAAACAAGAUCAGCACUUCUGACAGCGCCAAUAGCUGUAAAGUUAAGUCUUGAUCCUAAAUUUGACUUGGUAUGAGUGCAGCAGUGGGAUGAGCUUGGUAUGCAUUUGGUCAGCUGUCCAACCUUAAGCCAGAGAAGGUAUAGCUAACUACACUGCACUUGUGACUUGCUAUGAAUGGUUUUAAUUUAUUUUACUGUACAAUUAAACAAUAAACAAUAUAUUUUCAGA